CUUCUCAUUUCAUUUGUCUUUCCUAACUAUUCAACUAUUUAAAACUCCAAAAUCUUUCAGGGUUAUAAACUCAACUAUUAAUAAGUCAAUAUGGCACCUCAAACUCUUGCGGAGAAGGCCAAGGCCAAGCUCCAGGCCGUCCUAGAGGACCCCAACAGGAACGACGCGUCUUCCUACAAGCAGAGAGUGAUGACAACUACGACUCCUGCGACCGGAGCCGACUGGACCAAUACUUGGGUCCGACGUAACAGUAACGAUCGUCGAGCUAGUGUUGGAAGUGAAGGUUCAACCGGAUCACCUGUUCGCCGCAGGUCAAGCUUCCAAGAGUGGCUAUAUCCUUCAGCUCGUUAAUGAUGUAUAUGAUAUAAUGUUGGGCGUGGUACGUAAUGAUAUUGCGGAUUGUUACAUGAAUUUUCUUUACUGGUUGGGUUUGUAAGAUGUUUAAGCACCUCGUUACCUUUCUCAGAAGGUUUAUUAGUAGUUUUUCUCUGUCGAUGGGAAUCAGACUGUAUUUACUGUCGGGUGGGUUACGAGAUAAUGUCCUUUCUUUUAUGCCUGGAUUACUAAACACAACGAAGACUGCAGGUAAUGCACUGUGUAUAUAAAACUUGUUGGAUGAUUGUAUAAACCAGAAUUGAGAUCUUAUUAAUGUACAUUAUAUAUCUAAAUGCAUUUCGCUUUUGAACA